GAUAUGAGUUGCUAAGCAUUUAAAGUCCUAGGAGUCAGAGAUCAUCUGGCUAUCUUUAAUGUCACCUGUAGGCAGCUGGUGCAUCACAUGCCAGGGUUCGAUGAAACCAGCCUCCUUCACCCCCCACUAAACUCUGAUGGGAUGAAAUGAGCCAAUAUGGCCACGCAUUUAUCUGGAGUCAAUCCUGAUUCUGACUGUGCGGCCACCUUUUCCCUCAGGCAUGUGAGUCCCAUCAGAGGUUGCCAGUAUGACAUCAGAUCCACUUUUUCUCCUAUUUUUCAGAGGAAACGUUCCAAUACAUCCGAGGAAACACAUGCCUUCCCAGACUGGCCUGAUGCUGUUUCCCAGGAGCUGCAUUCUGGAAGGUGGACCAUCAGGUGGAAGAAGUAUUCUUCAGAGAGCUGCCUUCCCAAGGGAAUGGUGACAGCUGGCGCUUGCCGGGGAGUCCUGCUGCCUUCCGAGGUGUGAAGGGAAGGCAUGCACUGUGCAUAUGCUGUACCAUACAGUUUUGCCUACAACUGCUUGUAGCUUCAUUGUAGCUGUGAAUGCUCUGUUCCUCUCCUUUUCACCCCUGAAGAUUCGCGAACAUGCAGGAUUGAGCUGUGCGAGGCAUAGCACUCCCCACGUGGUAGGCGAAGGAGGAUGUGGGUCUGAUGGUUCUACCCACCCAGGCGGAUGGACAUGUGUUCUGGGAUAUCAGAGCUUGUGGCUGACCAACCCACACGUCCACAGGCAGCCCCCCAACAUGGCUGUGUCGACAUUUUGGGUUUCAUUGAAGGUUUUAACUGGUACAGACUUUACAAAGGCAAAAUUAUUUCUCAAGGAAGUGGACAUGAAAGAUCUCUAAUCAGAGGCUGUGUAAAAUGAGAAGCCAUCAGUUGCAGAAAAGCAAGCACUGAUUAAUGACCUAUCUACAUCCUACAUGGUUUCAGGACUGCAUGGAGAUAAGCUUAAAGACGCUAGCCUAAAAACUAUGAGUGUGCUUCCGUCUUUGCCAGGUAGGAUAAGAGAGCCUUGCAGACUUGCUUCUAACUAGAGAGGAGGAGAGGCUGAGAAGGGAGAGGGAGAAGAGGAGGAGAGAGUCUUGUCAAAAUCUUUUUAGCGCACAAAACUAAUUUUGUUCAUCUUGGAUUUGGUGAGCUGGAUAAUAUUCUGUGCACGGCUCCUAAAUGAAUUAUUAAAUGUCAACUCAAGAUGGCUUAACUAAAAUACUCAAUUUAAUAACCAAAAGUAUCUAAGGUAACAACAACAAUUUUGCAGGUGAAUGUAGAGUUGUCAGAUCAAACCGUUAUAGACAAGCAUUUGGGGUUUUCACAUAAUCUCCUUCCACAUCUCAUCUCCUGUCACUACAUACCCACUCUGGUGAGCACGUUCCAUCUCAAUAAAGAUCAUCCCUUCGGUGCCAGCUUCUUUUUACUCAGAUUGAACCACAAAACCUUUUUUUUUUCCUAAAAUAUAAAGCUAAACAAGAUCUCAGUCACAACCACCAAAUCUUUAUUAAUGCAUUCCUUGUGCUACUUCUGAAUAUUAAUAAAAAUUAAUAAUUAAUUUUGCCUUUGGCAUUGCAAGAUAUACUAGUUUUAAUUAGUGUACUGUACUCCUAUACAAUUAAAAAAUAAUUGAUGUCCACGCUUAUUGGCGGCGUCUGUGAUCUUCUUUUCUGUUGUUGUCAACAAAUCCCUUAAAAAACAAGUUCAAGAAUGUUGUGCUGUCCACUUGAUUUACACACCCAAAGUAACAGGCAAAUCUUUUAUGAUGAAACAGAACAGUUUUCUGUUUAAAUUAUACACAAGUAUAUUAACUAGAAAGAGAAAAUUAAAAGCUGAUGGCUACAAGGAAUAAUGGAAAGUCUAUAAAAAUGUUUUAUCUAUCAACAAAUUUGCCUGGAAAAUAUCAAUGGUUGCCACCAUCUCUCUGCUGAAACAUGGAGAGGCCAUCUUGGAUCUGUUAUGUCAAUUCCACCAAGCAUUUAAUUCUGACGUCCUCCUUAAUCAGCUUCAGUUAUUUAAAUUCGGCAUAUCAUGUUACUGUUCUAGUACAUCAUUUUAAUUGUGCCAUGAACUACUUUAUUAUAGAAUGCUUAAGUAUUUCCCUGUGCCUCCUUCCUCUGUCUGAACAAUGCCAGCUACAGAGAGAAAGCCCAUGGUGAAGGGAGAGAAUAGCUUCCUUUGAAAAUAUUUGUGUUAAGAAUCUUGCAUAGAGAGAGGGUGGUUGUUGUUUUGGCAAGAAAUAAUUUAAAUCCCACAGCAUAUGAUUCUUAGUUUUCUUUCUUAGAACCAGGAUUUUUUUUUUUUAACAAAAUCUCCAUUGAACAAUUACAGAUAUGUCUGUAAUAUCGAGAAGUAAUAGGCUAAGAGGAAAGAGACCUAGGAACACAUACGGCAAGGAAGAAAGAGUCAGUGUGAGAUGAGGAUUUCACACUUUACCCCGGACUCACUGGUUAAUAAGGAUGUUUAAGGCAGAAGAUCACAGAUUGAUGCAAAGUUUUAUUUUAUCAUAGUCACGAUCUUAAUAGCAAUUUUAAUUU